GACCUCCUCCGCUCGCCAUUUUCACCAAUCUACCACGCCAUUUCUUUAAUUGCCCCCCUCACCCGUUUCUGCGUCGCGUCUUCCUGCGGCCUCAUCCAGCCAGCCUUUAAUGCCACACCUGCAACAUCCACCACCUUCCUUCCCCCCUUUUCCUUUUACUCCCAUCUCCUCUCUCUCUCCCUCCUCUGGUUCCCCUUCGCCAUUGCUGCCACAGGCUGGAUUCUUCUCGAGCUUUGCUACGCGCGGUUCUUUGCUUGACGAAUGAGUGGAUGGAGCUUCUGCUGCACAAAGAGGGAGAAGGAUUCGUCUACAGUUGCUGAUGCCUAGCAGUGCUCUACUCUGAUGCGGUACAGCUCCAAAUUUUAGCACACUGCCGCCAUGGUUUCCACUGGUCUGAGUUUAGAGAUGACGAAGAAGGUUCUUGGCCUGGCAUUGUGGGUCUGGAUUGCAAUCGGUGUAGUCGCUCUCCUGGUGGCCAUUCUGCUGAUGAUAUGUAUCUGGGCGGCGUCCCGUCGCAAGACAAAGAGAACCAUGGAGAACUUGAGCCAGACACAGAUCCCCAUCUACUCCAAGGAGAUCCCGGUAGACAGGGUGGGCGGUGGGCGCAGCCUUGCGCAAACGAUGCAUGAACGUGAGCAGCCUAGCUUCCCAACGCAGGACAAGCACGCCGUGAAUCGGGAGCCGGGGAAGACAGUGGGGCAUAUGGCACUGAGCAAGUCCUUGGAUCAUGAUAACGUGAGCCAGGGAAGCUCAGUGUGCAAUGUGGACCGGGUUGGUAGUGUGCAUUCUGGUGAAGAUGGCGGCUCGGGGCAAGGCAGGAAACCGUAUUCUCCUGCGGCGUUCGUCUCCGCGUCGCCCCUCGUUGGCCUUCCCGAGUUCUCUCAUCUUGGUUGGGGUCACUGGUUCACUCUGCGCGACCUUGAAUUCGCCACCAAUCGCUUCUCAAAGGAGAAUGUGCUUGGAGAGGGUGGUUACGGAGUUGUGUAUCGUGGCCGUCUGGUGAAUGGAACCGAGGUUGCCAUAAAGAAGAUUUUUAACAACAUGGGGCAGGCGGAGAAGGAAUUCAGAGUGGAGGUUGAAGCUAUUGGCCAUGUACGACAUAAGAAUUUGGUCCGUCUGCUGGGAUACUGUGUUGAGGGAGUGAAUAGGAUGUUGGUUUAUGAGUUCGUGAACAAUGGUAACUUAGAGCAGUGGCUUCAUGGAGCUAUGCGCCAGCAUGGUGUUUUUACCUGGGAUAAUCGCAUGAAGGUUGUUAUAGGCACUGCAAAAGCACUUGCGUACCUUCAUGAAGCUAUAGAACCAAAAGUUGUACACCGGGAUAUAAAGUCAAGCAACAUCUUGAUUGAUGAUGAAUUCAACGGCAAAGUCUCUGACUUUGGAUUGGCCAAGAUGUUAGGGUCAGAUAAAAGCCACAUUACCACCAGAGUGAUGGGAACAUUUGGAUACGUUGCACCUGAGUAUGCUAAUACUGGGAUGUUGAAUGAAAAGAGCGAUGUUUAUAGUUUUGGUGUUCUCUUGUUGGAAACUGUGACAGGAAGAGACCCUGUUGACUAUAGCCGCUCUUCCAAUGAGGUCAAUCUUGUCGAGUGGCUUAAAAUGAUGAUAGCCAACCGGAGAGCAGAAGAAGUGGUUGAUCCAAUCCUCGAGGUUAGGCCAACAAUUAGGGCUCUUAAGCGAGCUCUGUUGAUCGCACUAAGGUGUGUUGAUCCUGACUCUGAAAAGAGACCUAAGAUGGGCCAGGUUGCUAGGAUGCUUGAGUCUGAAGAAGUUCCAUUCCGGGAGGACCGGAGAAACCGGAGGAGUCGCACAGGAAGCAUGGACAUCGAAUCUAUUACAGAGGGAACAAAUUCGGCUGAAUUUGCAAUCAAGGUAGAAAGGACUGGCAGCUCAAGAUCAGACCGGUCUCAGACCUGACGUUUACGAGUCUAUCUUGCAUCAUGGGCACUCAUGCUCGUUGAUCAGUCCGAGAAAUGAUGUUCAUCACUAAGGUGAUUACCUGUAGGAAAUAUUAGUGGGUUAAUGAAGGCACGCCCAGAUUUUACUAGCUGAAGUUUAGGCCGAGCUGUUAGAUCGAGCAGAAGCAUUCUUGUAGGAAGAAUUCCCUGGUAUUUUGUUCAAUUGUUGUGUGCUGUAUAUGUGUGUGUUGGUGACUGGGAUGAUCAUGCUUGUGAACCGGGAUGUUCCUGCAGUUUGUGACAGUGGAUUGUUACCCUGUGAGUUCUGUUUUUUGCGUGCUUC